CGGGAUCCGAUCUGCGGAGGGUAAGGGUACCUGGGUACCAAACCCGUAAUGACGUCGUUGGUAUCGCGCAUGCACCUUUGACCUCGGCUCAUAUGCACCAGUCGCAAAGACACUACACAUGAACUCUUACAAGUGAUUCAAUGGCAUUACCGUGAUGCCCAGGGAACAAAUAUAUCCAAUUGACCCCCCUCAAGCAAGCUGUUUGCGCUAACAUCACCACGUCCUGCUUAAGACCACGAGGCCUGUCCUAACCCUCAGCCUUAACCCUUAUCCAUAGCUCUUCCUCAACACCCUCACCCAAGAAAGCGGUAAAUGCCCCGCGCAUCCAAACUGCUGCCCUCGAUAGGGCACGCCGCCUCGGGCGCGUGCGGCACCGUCGUCUCGACGCUGGCAACCUACCCCCUGGACCUGGUCAACACGCGGCUCAAGGUGCAGCGACAGCUGCGCGCCGACGGGAGCAUCCGGGCCGAGGACGCCUACAGCGGCAUCCUCGACGCCUUUGCGAGCAUCUAUGCCAAGGAAGGCGGGCUGUCGGCCUUUACGGCCGGGCUCGGUGCUGAUCUGGCCAAGUCGGCGGCUGACUCGUUUUUGUUCUUCUUGUUCUACACGGUGAGUCCCCCCACCGCGAUUACCAUGUCGUUCGGGCGUGGGAUUGAGGGUGAGAGGCUGAUGGGUGUACAACAGUGGUUCCGGGCGCGGCGACUCGGAAACCGCAAGGACACCAGCACACCGUACCUCCGCGCCGUCGAAGAGCUCGCCGUGGGCGCCGCGGCGGGGGCAUGCGCCAAGCUGUUCACGACGCCCGCGAGCAGCGUCGUGACGCGGAGGCAGACGGCUAGCUUACUCGACGCAAGCUCAGGGGCGGGCGGGGGCAUGAACGGGGACACCGCCGCCCACCAGCAGCAGCGGGACAUGACGUUUGGCGAGAUCGUCUCGGCCAUCAGGCGGGAGCGCGGCCUGCUCGGCUUGUGGGCGGGGUACUCGGCCAGCCUGGUGCUGACGCUCAAUCCGAGCGCGACGUUUUUCCUGCAGCAGAUCCUCAAGCGUGCGCUGGUGCCGCGGGAGAAAUGGGACGUGCCCGGCGCGUGGGUCACUUUUCUCCUGGCGGCGCUGAGCAAGGUCGCUGCGACGGCCAUGAUGUAUCCGUUUCAGAUCGCCAAGGCGAGGAUGCAGGUGUCGGGAACGCCUGAGAAAAGAGAUGGGGAGAAGAAGACAAGACGGGGCGGUCGAGGGCUAGCCAAGGAGACCAUCUUCGCGACGGUGGUGAGGAUAGCGAGAAGUGAAGGUCCAACGGCGUUGUAUGAUGGCAUUGGUGGUGAGCUGCUGAAGGGGUUCUUCAGUCACGGCACGACCAUGCUGUCCAAGGAUAUCAUUCACCGGUUCAUUGUGCAGCUCUAUUUCACCAUUUUGGCCAUCCUGAAGGGGUAUCCCCAGCUCAGAUUGCGGUUCUUCGAGAGGAUGCGAAACACCAGGGAAGAGGUCCGCAGAAGAUAUCUCCAGGCUUCGUCCGCUGGAGCAAAAGACAUCCGUGGAGGAGCUCGCCAUGUCAAGGAAUUAUUCGACCGCACGAUCAAGGUCUCCCUUAGUCUAUGGAGCGGCAGUUAGGAGGCUAGGCAAAGAAAAUCUUGAUAGCCCAAUUGAAUCAGCUGAUAGCUGCCGGCUCAACCUCAACAUCGAAAUGUCACUGCGUCUUUCUUAACUUGAUUGUUGCCGCCGGCCGAGAAACCCGUGCCUUCGCGCCGCAGCUCAACCAACCCAGGCCGGAUUUUCUCUUUUUCGGCCUUCCCCUCCCUCUCGGCAGAGUCCGAGUUCCCUGUAAGGUCAGCAUCACAGACGUAGCAGCGAAUCGAACGCGAUUCUUUCGGCCUCAUAAACUGGUCCACACAGCUCUUGCAGAGAACAUGGCCGCAAGGCUUCGCCAGCGUAGCCCUGGACGAGUUUGUAAGCGCCUUCUUGCAGGAUGGGCAAACCCUCUGCGUUUUUUUAAUUUCGGAGUCCAUCUCCUCGGUGAAUUUGACAGAAAUAAGAGUGUGUAGCGAGUAGUAGUGUUGCUGGUCCUCGGGGGAUGCUGGACAUGUCGGCUGGGUCUUGACCU